CAUGACCGUCGACCCUUCCCGCCCGCUCGUCCAGAUCGCCUCCUAUAACACCAACCUCCAGGCCGAGCGCGGCCUCCCUCAAGACCUUGUCGACUGGCUCGCGCCGACGCUCCAAGUCUCCAGCUUUCUCGCCCGCGAGCGACGCGCGCCCGACAUCGUCGCGGUCGGUUUCCAGGAGCUCCUUCCUCUCCACCUCGGCCUGUCCGGCCUCUCCAAGGCGGCCAUCGAGAACCGGCACGCGCUCAUCCUCUCGCAAAUCGAGACACACGCGCCGAACAAGGAGCGCUACACGCUCAUCGCGAAGGUCGUCAACGUCGGCGUCGCGCUCCUCGUCUACGGCCGCGAUGACGGCGUCGGCCGCCGCGCGUGCGACGUGCAGACGCAGUGGACCGGCUGCGGCCCGCUGUACAUGGGCAACAAGGGCGCGGUCGGCGUGCGCUUCCGCGUGCCAGACGAGGACGGUGGUGUCGGGGAGGUCUACACGUUCGUCUGUGCGCACCUCACCGCGCACGCGCCGAAGCUCGCCCACCGGAUCGCGGACUACAACCACAUCGUCGGCUCGCUGCUCUUCCCGCCCCUCCCCGCGUCCGCCUCGCCCGCGCCGACGACGAUGUUCGCGACCUCGCACCUCUUCUUCUUCGGGGACCUGAACUUUCGGCUGUCCCUUCCCCUGGACCACGCGUUCGCAUCGCGCGCGGAGCUCCCUGCGCUCGUGCACGCGCUCUCGACCGACGACGGCCGCGCGGCGCUGAAGGAGCACGACCAGCUGCUGAUCGAGCGCGACGUGCGCGGCACGGUGUUCCAGGGCUUCCGCGAGGGCGAGUUCUGGCGCUUCAAGUGCAGCUACAAGUACCGCCUUGGCCAGGUGGACGAGUACGACCCGAAGCGUAUGCCGGCGUGGACCGACCGCGUCAUGUACGCGACGCACGCAGACUCGCCCGACGCGCCGCAGGCGUCGAGCAUCACUAACGUCUUGUAUACCGCGAUACCCUCCUAUACCACCUCGGACCACAAACCCAUCGUCACCCUACUCCUCCUACCGCCGCCUACCCGCGGCACCACCGCCGUGCCCGUGCUCCGCCUCCCAACAGGAUACCACCCGACGCCGGACCCGUGGGCGCACGCGAAGCGGUACACUGGCAGGACAUUCGACCGUCUCAUCGGCUACUGCUGGUGGCUGCUCACGAUGCUCGGCGCGGGCUCGGCGCUGAUGGGCCUCGGGAACCUGCUCGUCAGCCUCGGCUUCUGGCGCUGGUGGCGCGCCACGCAGGGCCCGGAGCAGGACCUGCUGCUGCCCUGAGUGUACGUGUAUACCCUAUUGUAACUGAUGUGGUUAGACUUCGUGUAUACGCGACGACUGUAGCGCGUUGUCCAUGUAAAUUAAUAUUGUUGUGACGGACUGGUAUAUUGCAUAUUUAGCUGCUCUAGGCUAUGUAGGUCGAGUGCGGGAGUCGUGUGUUUGGAUACAAGUACAACAGGUAACAGGUUCCGUCUCAGGCCAACCAGUACCAACCCACAAGCCAAGGGUGAGAGCAGGGCGCAAGCGCUUUACGGCUUGACAACCUUCCGCCCGCUUUCCUCGUCGUCGAUAACGAUGAGUGGCUGCGCCUCCCCGACGAGGGUCUCCUCGCGCUCGGGGUGUGCCGCCGCGUACGGCUGAACCUGCUCCUCGACGUCCCCGCCCGCGCCAGGCCCGCCCGCGGGGUCCGGCGGGAGGCGCACGAACGCAAGCAGCACGCACGAGACCGUGACCGCGCCCGCAGCGAGGAAGAUGAUCGCCUUCGGGAACGUCCCGACCGUCUUCGCGUACGUGAUCCCGUACACGAACGGCCCGAAGAUCUGCGCGCUCAGGGCCUGCACGACGCUCAUCGCGCCGAAGAGCUUGCCCGAGUCCCGCCCGCCGCGGCGGUUGUACAGCGUGAGCGCGACGCUCUGCACCGCGGGCCCGAAGCCCAUGCCGAGUGCGCCGAGGCACGACGUCGCGGCGAAGAUCAGGCCGUUGGGUGCGAAGGCCAUGAGCAGGUACGUCAACGCGUCUACCGCAAGCGACGCGCGGGCGAGCACUAGGUCAAACGCGGGCGAGUGGUGUGCGGGAGGGGGCCGUGGCGGAGGAGCGUCGUCGUCUGCCGCGGGUGAACGUGCUUCCCCGCCCUCAAGAGGUUCGGCCGGCUCUGUGGGGAGCUGGAUCGGAGGAGGCGUGGGUUUGGCCAGUUUGAUUAUGAACGGUAAAAUGACUGUUAGAAAGAGAGCCCUGGACACGCCAAUGGUGCUGAACCAGUAGCCAACUUGCUCAGUGUCCCAUUCGAAGAAUGUCUGAAUAUAUUGCAUGAUGUACACGUAUGAACCCAUUAGAGAGACUGUAAACCCAUAAGCAGCGACCAAGAGAGCAAGGCUCCAAUCGCGCCUCUUCCCCUUCGACGGCGUUCCACCCUGGUUCAGCUCGAUUGGUAGGAACAGCAUCAGCGGCGUCAAAAACGCAAACAGCCGCUUGAGCAGCACGAGAGCGCCCCCGUGUGCGUGGGCUGCGCGAUACUGUUCUUCCUCGACCCGCUGCCGGAUGCGCGCAGCCUCCAUGUCGCGCUUGUGCAGCGACUCGGGGAUGACGAACCAGACGAGCAAGGCGUAGACGAGGUGCAGCCCCGCGGCGAUAUAGAACACGGAGAUGAAGCUGCCGGUAAAGCGGAUGACGAGCCCGCCCAGCGUAGGCCCGAUUGCCAUCCCCGUAAAGAGGAGCCCGAGGUAGCGAGAGAAUAUCUUGGAACGGUUAGCGGGAGACGUGCAGUCCGCCAUAUAUGCGUGCACGUUCCCGGAUAUAGACGACAGACCACCUAGAAGACCUUCCAUUAUCGGCCCCACGACCAAAAACGAAUAUCCCCCUGGCAGUUGCUUGUAAAAGUAAUAUACCAUGAUGAUGUUGAAGUCCGUUAGGACAACGCCUACAACGGCGCAACUCAACACGGUGGUGCGGCCGUAUCGGUCGGAAAGCGAGCCCCACCAAGCGGUGGUCAAACAACUCAAGAUUCCCAUCGUAGUAGUCAUGAGUAUGUUCAGCUCGGCGACCGCGGCGGAGACCACAGGGUCCGCAUGGCAUACUCUCUGGCUCGGUUGGUCGAGCGUCAAUGUGCCGUUAUUGUGGCUGAAGAAUGAUAGCACAUCCCGGUCGGGAGUUACGACCGGCUUGUGCACCUCGCACGCGAGGUAAGUGUACAACUCAAUCUUGGCUGCCGCGGUGAUCGUCAUGGCAAUGGCAGAGAACGGCACAUAGGCCAGAAACCACCAGGGCGAGGGCCUCUUCCACCACGGCUGCUUCUUCCUCCACAAGCGAUCGACCUCCUCUUCUCCCGGGUCCUGUCCCUCUCCCUCGCAUGCAGCAUCGGUAGGCUCGUCCUCCUCCGCGAGCGUCUGCUCACUGUCGUGGUGGGGGUGUACAAACUCGUGCAGGAGCUCCGCAGUCUCCUCGCCGACCGGGCCGCCGGGCACCAUGAGAUCGUCGGGCCCCUGAGCGAGCAGGGGAAUGGUGGACGUCGUGGUAUUGCGGGAUCCGCGCGGGCGCGAGCUCGGGCGCGAACGUGAGCGCGAAGAGGCAUCCUGGCGGAGAAGAGACACGCCUCGCGAGGACGGGGGAGACAUGGUGGGAGGUGGGAGGGCCCGCAGCGAGGCGCUUGCUCGACGAGGGCGAGCGGGAGGAGAUGGGGAGACACGAGGGCGAGG